AUGUCGUGGGACGAUCUCCCCAUUGAAAUCCACCGACUCAUCUUCGAGCAUCUUGCCCCCAAUUUUGCCGUUGCCACUUCGAAUAAACAAAACUUGCAGAAGAUAUUCCUUGUCUCGAAGAGCUGGAACGAGCUACUUCGAGAAGCAUUCAUGCAAAACAAUACCGUUGAAACACUUAUAACUGAGGCACAUGCAUCCCCAGGCCUUAUCCUCGAAUCAUUACGCAGGACCGCGCAGAAAGAACAUCUACACCCGGGACAGACACAGAGCGAAAGAGCGCGACACCGCCUAAACACUCUCCUAAUAACAUGCACAACACCAACCCCCUACCCAGCUGCAAUGUCCUACCUUCUCUCACUCGGUGCUGAUCCAUCUACAACCGACAAGGGAGUGCCUCUCCUCUCCCUGACCUUAGUGACGAGCGAUUUAGAUGCUGUCAAAGCUCUAUUAGAGUAUAAACCGCAGCUCGAAGACAUGAGUGACUCAGACAGUUAUGAGUCCGAAUUACGGAGUAACACGCCGCUGGGGUACGCGAUCCUUGUAUGGAAGGUUGAGAUUGCCGAGGCUUUGUUGAAGGCUGGUGCGAGUCUGGAUAUUAUACUCAACUGGUAUCACGGAUAUGACGAUCCGUGGGAGUAUAUUAGCUAUAUGAAGGGGACUGAAAUGAUGGCAAUGAUGAGGGUUUUGCUUGAUAAUGGGGGUGUGGACUUGUGGAGGGAGAAGAGACGGGAGGAGACUGAGAGCGGCGAGCACCCGCUCGGAUUUGCUGUUGACUGUGACAAUGUUCAGAUCGCGCAGCUAUUCCUAGAAAAGGGGUUUAGGCCGCAUGAUGAGGGGGAUACAAAGAGGGUUGUUGGGCUGGCGCAGAGCGAGGAGAUGAGAGCGUUAUUGAAGGGGUAUUUCCCUGAGAUUUGA